CGUCCUGUGACGUCACGCGUAAGGUCAAGAGGAAAGAAGCAUGGCCGCUGUGCUGAGAGGGUCUCGGUUUUUAGUAGGGAGGUCUUUUAAGCAUGUUUGCUUUGCAAAUGUUUCCUCAAGGGCUAUGGCCUCAAAGACACAAGUGGGGUUUGUUGGUCUGGGAAAUAUGGGAAAUCCAAUGGCAAAAAACCUACUGAAGCACGGAUAUCCAGUCAUUGCUACAGAUGUGUUCCCAGAGUCCUGCAAAGAGUUGCAAGAACUGGGUGCUCAGAUUGUGGAUAACCCUGCUGAGGUAGCAGACAAAGCAGAUCGCAUUAUCACCAUGCUUCCCUCUAGUCCCAAUGUCGUAGAUGUGUACACCGGACCCAAUGGCAUUCUAAAAAAAGUCAAGAAAGGGUCCCUGCUGAUUGACUCCAGCACCAUUGACCCUGCUGUUUCUAAAGAGAUGGCUGCUGCUGCUGAGAAGAUGGGAGCAGUUUUUAUGGAUGCACCUGUGUCUGGGGGCGUGGGUGCUGCCAGUUCGGGUAAACUGACUUUCAUGGUUGGAGGAGCAGAGCAAGAAUUUACAGCGGCCAAAGAACUGCUCAGCUGCAUGGGAGCUAAUGUGGUUUAUUGUGGUCAAGUUGGAACUGGGCAGGCUGCUAAAAUCUGUAACAACAUGCUCUUAGCCAUUGGAAUGAUUGGGACUGCGGAGACGAUGAACUUGGGGAUCAGGCUUGGUCUUGAUCCCAAACUUUUGGCCAAAAUUUUGAACAUGAGUUCAGGCCGGUGUUGGUCUAGCGACACCUACAACCCUGUUCCAGGAGUCAUGGAGGGAGUUCCCUCUGCCAAUAACUACCAGGGAGGUUUUGGCACCCAGUUGAUGGCUAAGGACUUGGGCCUUGCACAGAACACAGCCACAAACACAAGGACUCCUGCCCCUCUCGGCUCUUUAGCCCAUCAGAUUUACCGUAUGAUGUGUGCACGUGGUUAUGCCAAUAAAGAUUUCUCCUCAGUGUUCCAGUUCCUGCGUGAGGAGGAGGGCCAGUAAUGUCAGCCUCCACACCGUCCACAGCCUUCCCAUGUGCCUGGCCCUGCACAUGACUAACAUAUAGUUAGGGUGCAUUUAGCCAAUUCUUUCUUUAAAGUAAUUGGGAAGCUCCAGAGAGCUCCAGCACUGUGUCACCGAAAAUGAGAGCACUUAUAAGAGAAAUUGUGUUUCAUGUGUGAUUGAGCCUUUUUAUAAUGAAACACUCCUCUGAGUUUUAAAGCAAGUGAAUUGUCACCUAUGCAAAGAAAAAUCAAAUUAAUAUAGACCUAAUUACUCGAUGUCAGCGGUAUGGUUAAGUCUCUACAUAUUUAUGUUCAUUUCUUUAUGUUUUCUGUUCAUAUUAGUUAUUUGUCUUGACAUUGGAAUUGUUGCUGUGUGUCGUGUUUAGAAAAUAAUAAACAAAUUGUACUGUA